CACACCGGAAAUAAGAAUACUUGGCCCAAACAUAAAAAGAAUCCGAGAAUAACUUCGCUACCCAAUUCCCGAUCUCGUGCUUCUCGUCAAGCCAUCAAUCCAUUGGCGUGCAAAUCCAUUAAGCGCUCUAGAUCAUACAAAUUUUGUUUCGGACGCAACAAGAAGCCAUGUUUCUCCCCUAGUCAAAACCUCCAAAGCUUCCAAGAUUAUGUGCGAUUUUCUUGCUUCAAAUUCUCUCGCCAUCUCAGUGGUCGAACCUCGAAGAUUAGCUUUUCUUAAUUUAAGACCAAGAAACGAACUUAAACCCAGAUUCCAUGCGCCCUUCUGUGUUAGUUUAUUCAAUGCUGGUAAUUUAGACCCUGCAAAUGAUAACAAUGGCGAGGCACAGUUCCUUAAGAGUGCUUCAGUGGCGUACGGACUCUCUCGCGUGCUGGGGUCGAGGAAUUAUCGCUUCUUUAAUGAACUUGAAUUUGAGGAUAAAGGGGAAAAGCUUUUCGGGUCAGAGAGAAAUCGGGUCGAUGCGGACGCAGUAAAUUUCCAAAUACCCGGGUCCUCCGCCAGAGCCCCAGCUAAUAAUCUGGGUUUCAGGGAUGAUACGACAGCUUCAUCGGGAUCAGAUGAUUUUGUUGAACUGAAUUCUGGUUCAAAUGACGAUGAGCGAAGAAGAAAGGAAGAGAAUAGUUCAGGGCAGGAGGAUUUGGUUCCAAUUCAGAGUGAUACCGAUGGUGUUGAUUUAGAAAAAGACGAGCAAUUUGAGAGAUUUAGCGGCAAACUUGGAAUUAGAAAAGCUAAACAGGUGAUCAGAAGGUCGAAUUUGUUGGCAAAACAAGUCAUCAGCAUUCGCUCUGCUAUUAGCUUGGGAUUCGUCUCGCAGCUUUGGGUGGACACGCAUCUGUGAUGGGUGGUAUUGUUUGUAGAGGUGAGGCCAAACUUGCUUUCCGGGGAGUCAGAAAGGUUUCUUCUGGAGGAUAUUAGCCAGGUUGGGGACGUUGUCCUUGUCCAAGAUGAAAGUGUUAUAGAGAAUGAAUUUCGAAUGGUUGGACUGGAGACCCUGGUAGGAUACAAAGUUGUAACACCCUCUCAACAGAACAUUGGAAAGGUGCGAGGGUACACUUUCAACAUAAAUUCUGGGGCUGUUGAAGAACUUGAGCUUGAUUCAUUUGGACUCUCCAUCAUCCCAUCAAGUUUGGUGACUACAUACUCUUUGAUGGUUGAGGACGUACUGGAAGUUGUAUCUGAUGCAGUUGUUGUACAUGAAGCUGCAGCUUCACGCAUACACAGACUUUCAAAGGGUUUAUUAGGCAACCAGAAUAUGGGGGCUUCGGUGGAUGAUGUUGAAGAAUAUUCAGACUCUGAAAGAUCUUCAACUUCUGGUUAUGCUUCAAGGUCAAGGAGAAGUUUAAGGAGAAAGAAAGCCAAUCCCAGAGAUUGGGAUGUUGAGGAAGAUUUGGAGCUUCCUAUGGAUUACCUCUGACCUUGAUUCAAUGAUUUUCUGGGAUUUCUCAAGGAAACACGUCUCUAUAUAAACGAAGGUCAAAAAUAUUUAUAACUAAGCCAAGCAAGUGUACUGGCUUCCGUUUAUACACUUGGUCCUAUAGAAUUUAUUUUUGCCUCACAGCUUUUGUAUGUUAACCAGUGUGGGUCUUUAUUUCAUGAAGUCUAAGAAAUGAAUUACAUCGUGAAUAAUAAAUUUUGUAAAACUGUAGAACUUUAGGUAUAAGUGAAGGUUACGUAAUUGUCCUUGGUCUGAUAAGAUUUGUUCUAUAGAUGUUAUUUUUACAGCUGUUUUAUAAUUUGAUUCUUUGACUCA